UGUUGUAUGUAUAUAUGCCGUUACUGGAAGAUGAAUUGAAUUGCUUUGCUGAUGAGUGGAAUUCUCAUAGGAUUCGAAAACAAAAGGAACAGUUAAGACCAAAUGGUGUCCCAGAAGACUUGUAUCAGUUCCCUGAAUUAAGUGGUGCAAGAGAAAUGGGCUGGCAGGUUUCCACAGAAGACUUAGAAUCCUUUGCUAAAGAAAAGAAUGUUGCUGCUCCACUACCAGAUUACAUUUCCCCAGCUUUUAGGAAAGCAGCUGAUGAUGAAUUAAUUGAUGAUAUUAACAUUAAUAAUGCAAGACAAACAUAUAUUUAUUUUAGACACAUUUUUACCUAGCCUGAUUAAUAGACCAGCAUUGUUUUCAGCUAAAACAUAGCUAUUUAGAAAAGUAAAAUUCUGUCAAGUAUUAUACCCAAGUAUUAUGGUGAAAUUUCAUAAUAAAAUAUCCCCC